AGUUAACACAACAGUCGGAUCUAAAGUUAGAGCCAAUAUCAUUACAGUUUUAUCUCCGAGUCAAUGACAGCUUCUCAACCGUCUGAGACUAAGAAACAAUCUGCUGCUCAAUUCACUUGGGCACAAGUGCAUGCAUCCGGAGAUGCUUUUGCCGAAGCUGCUAAAUCUUCGACUUCAGCAAAAGCAACCUCGCAUGUAGCUGCAUACAUUGUUAUCCAGAACAAAGUGUAUGAUAUCGGUGGUUCGUUUGCCAAUUGGCAUCCUGGCGGUAAUGUUGCUCUAUCCCAGGUCGGAUACGAUGCCAGUGGUGCAUUUGAAGCCAUGCAUGGACCCAAAGCAGUCUCCAUGCUGUCCAAGUUCUAUGUUGGAGAAUUGGCUCCAUCGGAGAUCAUCAAGCCCAGCGGUUUUUUGAAUGAAGUCCAAGAGCUGCGCACCAAGAUUAAACAAAACAACUGGAACAAGGCAGACCCUCUCUAUUAUGCCGGAAAGUUGACCGCUAAUCUAACCAUGCUUACCGUAUCAAUCUUUAUUUUGGCAGCAUAUGGAAACAACAUUGCUGGGCUGAUUACUUCAAGCUUCAUUCUCGCUCUGUUCUGGCAGCAGUCUGGCUGGCUAGCCCAUGAUUUCUUGCAUCAUCAAGUAUUCAAAACUCGCUCUUAUAAUAAUGCCAUGGGCUAUUUCAUUGGCAAUGUGUGCCAAGGCUUUUCCGUCGCAUGGUGGAAAGACAAGCACUGCACGCAUCACAGCACUACAAAUAUACACUCUAAAGAUCCAGAUAUUGAUACAAUGCCUUAUCUUGCCUGGUCUGAACACGCAAUUGAAGGAUUUGCAGAUAUCAGCGAUCAGAAAGUUGCUGAAUUUCUUGUUCAGAACCAGCCUAUUCUUUACUUUCCCUUGCUGACUUUUGCCCGUGUUAUGUGGGCUCUUCAAUCAUUGACAUGGAAUAUCCAGUCGACCAAGAAGUUUACCUUUCCCACACUUCCUGUUGUUGAGCGUGUGUGUUUGGCCGUACAUUAUUCUUGGCUAUUCGGUGCUGCCUUUUUGUUGGUGCAUCCCGUACGCGGGCUUGUUUGGAUUCUUCUUGCUCAACUCUUCUGUGGUAUCUUUCUGGCUUCCGUGUUUUCUCUUAACCAUAAUGGCAUGCCUGUUUACUCUAUCAAGGAUGCUCAAAAAAUGGAGUUUUACGAAAUCUCCAUUCGCACUGGUCGAAAUGUCGAUCCCACGCAUUUCAAUAACUGGUUCACUGGUGGACUUAAUUUCCAGAUUGAGCACCACAUGUUUCCCACCGUUCCUCGCCAUAAUCUUAAAUAUGUUGCACCUAUUGUGCACGAUAUUUGCAAACGACACAACAUUCCGUAUCAUUGCACUGGAUUUAUGUCUGGCAUGGGAGAAGUUGUGGGUCGUCUUGGCACAAUUGCUCGUUUGGCUACUAAACUCCAAAUCCAGCGUGCUGAUUAAACUGUUCUUCAUAACAUUGAUCCGUUCAUCUCUUACCCUGCUUUAAUCGUAAUUGUUUCGAUAAACAAAAUUUGAGUUAUAUGCUGUAAUAAGUAUUUUGGAUUGAUUUAAAGUGAAAAGGUCGGCUAUAUAAUUCAUUUGUUCCUUGCCAAGUUUCAAAUGAAUUAUCGUCAGUAUAACAAUG